UUGUGGUACUAGGCAAAAAGCAUAUUCAUCAUGCCAUGGGAGAAUCAGACCUUCAUCCUUCUGGGUAUCUUCAAUCACAGCCCCACCCACACCUUCCUCUUCUUUCUGGUCCUGGGCAUCUUUUCAGUGGCCUUCAUGGGAAACUCUGCCAUGGUUCUCCUCAUCUACCUGGACACCCAGCUCCACACCCCCAUGUACUUCCUCCUCAGCCAACUGUCCCUCAUGGACCUCAUGCUCAUAUGCACCACUGUACCCAAGAUGGCCUUCAACUACUUGUCUGGCAGCAAGUUCAUUUCUGUGGCUGGCUGUGCCAUGCAAAUUUUCUUCUAUACAUCACUGCUUGGCUCUGAGUGCUUUCUUUUGGCUGUUAUGGCUUAUGACCGCUACAUUGCCAUUUGCCACCCUCUAAGAUACACCAAUCUCAUGAGGCCCAAAAUUUGGGGACUUAUGGCUGCCUUCUCCUGGAUCCUGGGCUCUACAGAUGGAAUCAUUGAUGCUGUAGCUACAUUUUCCUUCUCCUAUUGUGGACCUCGGGAAAUUGCCCACUUCUUCUGUGAGUUCCCUUCCCUGCUAAUCCUCUCAUGCAAUGACACAUCAAUAUUUGAAGAGGUUCUUUUCAUCUGCUGUAUAGUAAUGAUUGUUUUCCCUGUUGCAAUCAUCAUUGCUUCCUAUGCUCGAGUUAUUCUGACUGUCAUUCGCAUGGGAUCUGGGGAGGGUCGUCGUAAAGCUUUCACUACCUGUUCCUCUCACCUCAUGGUGGUGGGAAUGUACUAUGGGGCAGGUUUGUUCAUGUACAUAAGGCCAACAUCUGAUCACUCCCCUAUGCAGGACAAGAUGGUGUCUGUAUUCUACACCAUCCUCACUCCCAUGCUGAAUCCCCUCAUCUACAGCCUCCGCAACAAGGAAGUGACCAGAGCAUUCCUGAAGGUGUUAGGAAAGGGCAAGUCUGGAGAGUGAGUUACCUAACAAACUUCAUGUUUUGGUCUCUGCUAAAUUGUUUUUUAAAAUGGACUUCUUUUUCCAUUAAGUCUUGAAA